GCGGCGCGGGGAGAGGGGGAAGAGUUGUAUGAAGUGCCGAGAGCGUCUGAUGGCGGUCGCAGUCGUGCGGAAGCAGUUGUCGCAGUCGCAACGCCCACCCGACGCACCUGACGUUUCGCUGCAGGAGAGUCGGAGUCGCCAACGAGCGCCAUGGACCUGACCUCGCUGCUGUUGGCUGCGCUGCUGGCCGUGUCGGCGGCGCCGUGGAGCGCGCGCGGCGCGGCGGGCCAGCCGCCGCCGCCCAACGACCCGGACCUGGCGACGGCGGAGGACCCCUCGCAGUGGAAGGAGGAGAACGAGUUCACGCCCUUCGUGGGCGACCGCUUCGACGGCUUCGACUGGCGCCUGUGCCAGGAGGUGGCGCGCCUGGCGCCGCGGCACGCCAACGUCGUGCUGUCGCCCGUCAGCGUCAAGCUGCUGCUGGCCAUGCUGUACGAGGGCGCGGCCGGCGACACCGCCGCCGAGCUGGAGAACGCGCUGCAGCUGUCGCGCCUCGAGCCGCCCGCGCGCCGCCCCGAGGCCCGGCGCAGGUUCAGCAACAUCGUCGCCGCGCUGCAGCAAUCGAACCCGGACUUCCAGCUGGAUUUGGCUCUCCGGAUGUUCGUGGACGACACCUUCGCGCCUCGAACCCGAUACAACAAGAUCCUGCGCUACUUCUACAACGUGGAGCUGGAAACGGUCGACUUCGAGCAGGAAGGUGAAACCGCGAACAACAUCAACGCCUGGGUCAACAAGUCCACCAUGGGCUUCAUCAAGGAUCUCGUGAAAGCGGACGACCUCCGCGACGUGCAGAUGAUGCUGGCCAACGCCGUGUUCUUCGACGGCAAGUGGCUGGCUCCGUUCAGCGAAGACGAGACGGCGGAGGCGGUCUUCUUCUCGCGCCCGGGCUACGCUUACAACACCACCUUCAUGACGCAGAUCUCAGACUUCUACUACUACAACUCCAGCGCGGUGGGCGCGCAGAUUCUCCGGCUGCCGUACAAGGGCGGCAAGUACUCCAUGUUCGUGGUGCUGCCGCACGAGCGCGACGGGCUGGAGGGCGUGCUGGAGCAGCUGUCGCCGGACCGCGUGCGCCAGCUCAUGUGGAACAUGACGCUGGCCGAGGUGCGCGUCUUCCUGCCGCGCUUCGCCUUCGACACGCGCACCGACAUGAAGGAGGUGCUGCGCGCCAUGGGCGUGCGCACCAUGUUCGAGCGCGCCGCCGACCUGCAGGGCGUCGUGCCGCGCCGCCAGGGCCCGCUCUUCGUCAGCUCCGUCGUGCAGAAGGCCCUCGUGCAGGUCAACGAGAAGGGCACCGUCGCCGCUGCGGCGACCGAGGCGUCGACGACGAACCGUUUCGGCGGCAGCACCAAGAACGUGUUCAGCGCGCGCCACCCGUUCCUGUUCUUCAUCGAGGACGAGGCGACGGCCACCGUGCUGUUCGUGGGCAAGGUGUCGGACGCCGCAACCCCGGCGGCGACGGCGCGCAGCCCCUGUCAGCCGAGGUGGGCCGCCCCCGGCGCGCGCACCGCCCCCGCCCUGGCCCGUCAUGCACCACGCCCCGCGCCGCUCCCACCCCCGGCGACCCGUCUGCGCUUCCUGCGCCGGGACAAGCUGGUCAUCGACCCGGGCAGCCCGGAGGUCAGCGACUUCGACCUGUCGUCUCGCUUCGGCGGCGGCGACUUCGACCACCGGCGGCCGCCCGUCAUCGUCACCAACACCAUCGGCGGGGGCGGCGCGGACGACCCGCGCUGGCGGCCCGUCGGCCGCCCCGAGUCCACAACCCCGCAGCCCGACGCGCGCCGCCCACCACAGCCCCAGCCGCAACCCCAGCCGCAGCCGCAGCCCCUGCCGCCCUUCAACUUCAACUGGCUGUGGCGGCCCAACCUGUACGCCGGCCGCACGCCGGCAGCCACGCUGCCGCAGGCCUACACGCCCACGCACACGUACAACGCGCAGAACGGCGCCGGCGGCGGGCCGCAGCUCUUCCUCGUGCCGCUGUACGUGCCCAUCCGCUAACACGCCCGCUCUCCACGCGGCCCAAACAGCAAGCCACUCCACGCGACGACUCACGUGGGGGUUUCGAUUGUUCGAGUGUACGCUUCCGAGCCCACGAGGCAAUUCAUUUCGAGAGAUCUCGUACUUCAGACUACGAAUGUAGAUUGCCCAUUAGAUGUCUUCAAAAGUGGUUCUGUUAUGAGAAGCCGAUUCUUGAGUGACUCUUCACCAGAAAAUAUUGCAUUUAAUGUGACACGUUUCACAGAUGUGUGCAUGAUGUAAUCAAAUGGAGUAUUGUCAGAAAACACUACCAGCCAAAAGUAACAUUUAAUGAAACAAAAAGCGAGCCAGAUCUUUUUGCAAAGAGUAUAUACAAAAAAUAUAUUGGUAAGUUUACAAGCUCUACUGAUACAACAUUCAAAUCACCGGUGACGUGAAAACUAACAUUUCCAAUAAGUAUAUUGCAGUUGUUAUAUCCGUUCAAAGGAUUUACAAAGACUGCAAUAUCGACAAAUUAAUCCGUAACCUUUAUAAUAAACAUUUUCCGAUUAUUAAUCAUCAAUACGGUAUGUAAAAAAUGUACUGAGGAAUCAAUAAUUUAGGAGAGCUGAAAUUCAUUAUAGCCCAACCAUUUAGAUAAUAAUAUACGCCUCUUUCACAAUUAUAAAAAAGUUAUUUUUUAUUACAAAGUCAAACACAUUAAAAUUGAUGUACUACAACUUAGCUGACAUUUACUAUAUGAGAACUCUGAACAAUCAAAUAAUAGUGCGGGAAGUUCAGAUACAUAUCGGAUUGGAUGAGUUGUGAGCUGCAACGAUACGACAUAAUUAACUUUAACACAUCUGUGACCAAAUGUUUCUUGUCGUGUUCAUUUAAUGACAUUGCUUGAGUGCACUAAUGAACUUUCACAGACUGCAAUAUUCGUCGAUCGAGCUAGAAACAAAUACUAUUUUUUGUCCAUGUCAUCGAACGGUAAAAAAAUUACGACACAUAUGUCGAGUAAAUGAGUAGGUUACCUGGAAUGAGAAUUCCUCGACUAUAAUUAUUUCCAUGGAUAAACAUACAAACUUAUUAGAUUAAAUUAAAUUUCAAGCGUAUCUUUCGUACCUUGAAUGCACUGUGCACACGAAGAAUAAUGGGACUUCUCCUGACAUACAAACAAGAUUCUUUAGACACCAAGAGUUUCACAAAUCAAUCCAAUUUGAUUAUUCAAGACGUCGUGUGUGUCUUCCACAAAGGAUUAUGCAAAGGUCAACAAUGAUUGUGAACUCGCUGUGUCUAAAAGAAGCUGUUAAGAAAGCGAAUGUUUCUUACGGAAUUCUGACGGCAUAUUAUGGUAAUUUAUUUUCCGUUAAUUAGCCUCAGUUUCAACAAACACUGCCUCUACUGUUCUACUGUACCUGCUUGUGAAUAAAAUACAAUAGAAAAUUGCCAUUACUUCCCUCAAAAUAUGUGAAACUUUUCCCCUACAUUCCGACAGGUCCUAUCUUUUAAACUUAUAUUUUCCUAAGUAUUAAACGCUUAAUACAAGCGUAUGUAGCAAUAUAUUGCUAAUUGAAAGCAGCAGUGUUUUCAUAGCCAUAGUGUAAUUGAAAGACCGCAAGCUAUGUAACAAACAUCCACACCAAGCUUUCGGUUUAUUUAAAUCUUUCAUUUAGAGAUGAGUUAAAAAAAAGUGUGCACAUGAAAUUAAAUAGUAUUUCUGGCGUAUAUCAGAGUCGAAAAACGCAAAGGUCACAUAUUCCACUUUUUCUGAUUCGAACACAGUAAUGAUAUGGUCAGAGCAUCAGAAAAUAUUACUAAUAAAUAAAUGCUGGCCACUAUCACGAUCUGGCCGAAAUUCGUACGUUCAUUAUGAUAUUAGACAUUAUGUCUAAAAAUAGUAUUACAAUAAAACUUUGUUGAGCUUUUGGAAGUUAAUUAACACACUCACUACCCAAUUAGCAGUCAGUUGCGAGAGAGACUAGUUUAUUCUUUGUCUAUCAAAUGAAUGAUUUUCUUUUAGGGAUGGAGGAUAUAGUUUUCCAAAGGAAACAAGAUGAUCAACAUUUGAAUUUUAAAAAAAAAUCAUUUUUCGUCGAGCUAAAUCUUUUAUUCUAGGUGCAUUUUCUGGGCUAUUAAAUUUCUAACAUAUCACUUGACAAACGAAUUUUUCUUAAAUUCGUUUUUAUUUUAAAGAUGUUGGUUCCUUCCACCAACCGUAAAACAGUAGUUUAUUUACUAAAUUAUAGAAUCCUUCAUAUUCUCACUCCAUUGAACAUCAGCUCUAUUUUCUCAAUUUAAUUAUAAUUUCAAUGAGUGGAAUGCUUAAGGUGUGCAUUUCACAAGGAAUUUAAGAACACUGAAAAACAUAUACCUCAAACCACUUGCAAGUCUCUUUUGAAAUCGAAUAAGUUCUAAGUGAAGCAUACAAUACCCACAACAACAAUUAAACAUCACGUGCACAUAUCGGUAAUAAUUAUUGAUUACCAACGCAUCAUUUGAACAUCAGACAAUGAAUACGAAAGAAUACGUUAAAGUAAAUUGAGACCGCAUUCUAAGAGAACGCAGAGCUCCUUCGAAAGAGAGAUACAUCUAUUCACUGAUUAUGUUGACUAAAACGUAUGCUCAUUUUACUACACUGAACGCGCAUUUUUUUUUUUUUAUCAUUUAAAAUCAACUCUAAAGAAAAAUAAAGAUUGAAUAUGACAUCG